AUGUUUCUUAUAACCCGCUCCGAUUCUUCCAACGGAUCUUCUGCGGCAUCUGAACGAUCCAGCAUUAGUACUGUCACAAAUCAACCAAUCGUGACUUACCCCAACAACAGUGUUGUUCCAUAUAACUAUGGGAACCCUCAAUACCCCUACUAUCCUAUGCCAAAUAUGCACCCGCAAGGAUAUGGACCAGGUUGUACUCCCGAAUACCCACCUGGUUACUCACAAGGCCAACCGAUCUUCUUCCCUAUUCCCAUAACUUUCUACAACCCAUCUCAUGUGCCAACACGUUCGAAUGAUUUGCCAGCAGUUCAGUGA